AUGGUUUGGAUUAGAUCAAUUGGGCUAAAGAAAUUGAUUCACGAAGUGAAAGUGUUGAGAGAAGUGACGGGUAAUCGAACAAACAAAGUGCAAAACACCAUGGGAGCGCGUGUUAGGCCAUCUUUGUCAAAUAACAAACAUUGCGCACGAUUGGCCCCCCAAACUAAAUCGCGGGAGACCCAGACCUGUUGUCCUGAUUGGGCCAAAUGGCACAGUUUCUGCCGAGGUCAACAGGACCGCGAGGCGUCCAAUAGUGUGAAACACCUUUGGAGGGCAAUUGAGCGCGAUUUAGCAAUGCAAUCCCCUGAAGUCCGCGCGGCUAUAGCCGCAAGCCAAAGGGAGGACUAUCAUCGUGUCGACAAUAUGAUUAGCAAAUUUGAAGGGGUUGAACAUAUUAUCGAAGAUUUCCCCGAGUUAGCAGAAGAUGGAUCUAAUUGGCAAAUGUGGAUAUUCAACAUCGACCGUGCCACUGAGGAAAUCACCGGGGAAGAAGAUUACCUGCUCUCGCCUCGGCCCACCAUACGUACUGCAGUGGCGCUCUUUAUUGAUAGAUGUGCUCUUGAUGUCAUUCGUCGCACCCUUCCAGAGGCACUUGUUGAUGAAGUCUGGGGGUGUCGCCGAGCUCACGGCGCAAGAGCAUGCCUACGUCGCGUAUUGGAUCCAUAUCGCACUGGCAAGUUGGAUAGGCCACCUUUAUAA